CAUCGCCCUUCCAAGGAGACGAGACGGAGGAACCGCGUCUACCAUAAUAAGCGCUGCUGGGUACAAUUCGGCCUUGGCGUGUUUCUAUCACUUACGGAGUAUUCCCGACCCGUCAGUACACACAAAGGUCGUCAGUCUCCAGUGUUCAGUCUCCAGUCUUCUGCAGCCUUCUCUCUGCAUUUUAUCCCAAGCUCUCCCAUCCCUUGCAUUGCCGUCCCGUUGAUAGCACUUCCACUGCUUGCCCAGCUCUCACGCCACCAACCAGCAGCACCGCUCUGGAACACGCCAAUUGCAACCCCAGUACUGCCUACACAAUUCCUUCAAUAGCAAAGUCCUUAGACCGUAGAAGUAAGCCUCUCGGUCCCCCCUUGUUCUUUUUCCAGCACCAGCAGGCAGACGUUCACACGUUCUCCACGAAAGCUUCAAGUACCAAAAGCAACACCUCAACACCUCAACACCAUCAUUCCCAGAUCGUACUUAUUCUAUCAGCCUCACUUCGGCGCCAAUAGCAGCUCCGUCACUCUGUAUAUCACCCUACCCUCUCUCACACUAGACGUCUUAUCCACAUCAUUCCUUCACAAACGUCCGUGAGGCUCUGUACCCUGUGUUCACCAUCACGAGUAUAGAGUUCCGCUUAACCAAAGUAUACCCAUUUGCUAGUCUCGAACUCGGGUGCCCAAAGCGAUUUUUUCCUCAUCUCGUCGUUAAUUGCAACUUCUUCUGGGCGCAACAAUCACGAGAUACCGUCAACAUCGUUCAGCAAGUUCCGUUCGGUACCUUUCUGUCAUCAUUCGCCGUGCUUGUAUGAGAAAAUGUAAAGCAGAGACAUUCUACUACUCAAUCAACCCUCCUUUUGCCACGCGACUAGAAUUAAAGAAAGAUGGUUCGACCACAACCCAGCUUGGCAGAUACACCUCUGUUGAGGGUAUCAAGACCAGUUUCAGCUUGCUCAAGAUGUGAGUGUGGAUAUCCUUCUGAUAAGAGUCAACGUUCUAACCUGUCACAGGUCGCUCUGCGAAAAUAAAGGUUUGAUCUUUUCACCCAAUCUGACGAUCUGGAAGCUGACGAGUAAAAAGUGUGAUGGCAAAUUGCCAGCAUGUACUGCUUGUGAGAAAUCGGGCAGGGCACUAGAAUGUUCAAGUGCCAAUGACCAAUUUGCAAAGGGAAAGGAAAGGAGGUGCGUUCGAGUAGACUUGAACCUCGCAACACGAAAGGAGACUAAUUAUCUUCUAGUUACGUUGCUUCUCUUGAAUCACGUGUGGAAAAAUUGGAAAGGAAACUCACAUAUGCGAGAUCUCGAAAGGCAUCAGUCGCUAUGCACGAUUUUGACUUGCCUGUUGCAGUUCCAGAUCGCAAAGACUCACUUGCAACCAUACGCGCCGCAAUCCACGGCAAAGCAGCAAGAAAGAGGGAACUCGCCGAUGUGAAUGAACUAGUCUCGGAUUUUGGAUUUCUGUGAGUUGAAACGAUAUCCGAUGUACCCCUUUACUGAUCAAAUGAAGCUCCGUGAAUGCCACUACUCGAGACUUUGAGUCGUCUACCACAAACAUGACAUUUGGACGUUUGAUUCUCGCAGCUACAGUCCUAGAAACAAUGCCUCAGCCAGGAGCAUUUCAGUUACCACCAAGAUCCGCUGCGAUGGGUUUAGUUCAGUACUAUCUCGACAACAUAUAUUCACUCUUCCCUGCAUUUUCAGAAACGGCACUAAUUAACGCCCUUGAUGCGGUUUAUCAGGAAAACGGGCGACCUGUCACUGAUUUUGAAAACUGGCUCUUAUACAUGGUACUUGCCAUCGGGAAUACCAGCCAGUCAAGAAGCAACCAAGAUGCCUACUAUACUGAAGGUGUUACCUGGGUGAGUCGAGCAUUGCAAUAUGCCGACAAGGUCCUCGUUCCGGGCUAUGUGGCACAAAUACAGGCCCUAAUUUUGCUUGUUCAAUACUCGAUGCUUGAUCCGGCUCAUUUUGACAGUUGGCAAUUGAUUGGCUUUGCUUGUCGUGCAGUAGUGGACUUAGGCUUCCACCAAGACCCGCCAAGCGAGCAGCAAACGGACAGGGUGACAUUAGAUAUGCGACGUAGGAUAUUCUACUGCGCCUAUGCUCUUGACAGGUAAUUCUUGGCACAUAUCCUACAGGAAUCAUGGCUGACAAAGACAGGUCGAUAAGUAUGGUCCAUGCACGAUGCUUCUCGUUUACGGACGAUUCCACGGCCGUAAACCUCCCCUGGAUCCCUGAGACCAAUGCUGCUGUCAGCGACUCUCUUACUGGACAGCACUCGAUAGAGACUGCUGGACUGUUAUUCCAGUUGCGUUAUGUUCAGUCAAGUUGGUAUCAGGAGUUAUUUCAAUCCAGUCGUGAACCAUUGCAAGACCCAGAAAGAUAUAUUUGGCACAUAUGCCAAGAAAUGAAGGAUUGGUCCGAGUCAUUUCCCGAUACUUUGAAGCUUUCAUUCAAAGAAUUUUUCGAUCUGGAGCUUCUCUACAGCUACGUCUACUGUCUCGCUCCAUCUUGUCGUACACAGACUGUCUCCGCCUAUGGGAAAACUUUGAUCUUCGAAUACUGCAUUGCAUACAUGCAGAAACUCUUUCCAAUAAGCAAGGAUCCCAUCAACAAAGCAUUUUACACAUAUCACGAUGCACUACGAGUAUACUUCAUAGGAAGCCAAUUUCUUGCGGUUCUUAUGGAAGACCAAGACCUACUUCUCAACGGUGUACUGCCUUAUAUCCAAACUUCCCCCAAUGCACCAGCGCCACCGCCUUUACCACCUAAUACUGGCGUCGAUAGCGUUGAGAGGAGUAUUAAUUGUGUCACCCAUAUCAAAGAGACACUGAAAACAUUCGGACAACGUUGGGAUGACUCCAAAGCUCUCUUGACCAGCUUCGAAAGUCAAUCGGAAUCCAUCCUAUCUGAUUUGCAUCUUCGGAAAGGUCGCGUUAACGACUUUACUCGAUCAAGUCAUAGCCCACCAAAUUACCUACCACAACCUACGUAUGGACAUAUGCGUACCUUGUCGUCGGAUGAUUGGGCCAAGUCGGGUAAUAAUGCCACCAACCAAGGUGUGCAUGGAGGAUAUGGCCGUCCGCAAACGGGGAAUGGUCAUGGGUUGUAGGAUUUGGAUACCCUCGUGGGUACUUAAUGAUUAUACGAUAUUCAAGGCAGAUAUUUACUCCUUAC